UCUUUCCUUCUACUGGUAACAACUAUAUGCAUAUAUUUGUCUAUUAAAGAGUUGAGGGAUAAUAUGCGCUUAAAAAUCUUCAUUUGGUAUUUGACAUCGUUAGUUGUAGGACACACGUCUAUGAUGACCUAUGUCAAUAUUAUUUGGAGUUCUUAUGAAAAAAUCCAAAUUCUGUCAUACAUACUUGUAUUUUCCUGCUCUUACUUUCUCAUGGUGACUUUUCUUUCGAUGAGUGUAAUUUUCUUUGAGCUAUGGCUAACAUUCCGGGAAUUUAAACCAGCAAAGUCUCUGCGAUGUGAAAAGAGGCGUUAUAUAAUCUAUGCCAUUUAUGUUUGGAGUACACCAAUACCGUUUUAUAUUCUGUAUAUUUUUACACAGAGUAAAUUUUGCUCACUUGGUCCGGUGGUGAUAAUUCUUUUCUUUAGUUGUUUCACCUUUGUAAAUCUGGCGUAUAAAAUAUGUAAAACUCGACAGAAUGUGGCCAAAGCAAGAAUGGAUCAAAAUCUGACCAAAGAAACAGCUACAAUAAUUUUGAGCAUAUUCUUCAUGAUGGGUUUACCAAGGCUAUUAUUUUUUGCUCUGGUCUUUAUAAAAAAUAUGAAAUAUUACAUAUUACUCAAAUACAUUUGUAUUUCGGUAGAAGCGCCGAUAAUUUUCAAGUUAUUUGUUUUGAAGCGGAACGUGUGGCUUAUGGUGAAAAACAGAUUUUUCCAUAAGUUCUAUAAGACUUGUUCCACAACUGAGGACACCUCUGUUCCCUAAGGAGAAGUGAACAAAGUUUUCAUGCAGUGAAGGCAAAAAUGUAUUUUUUCAUAUUAUACAAUUAAUAGGUUGUUAAAACUUAAGCAUAAGCCAAUAGCCAAAGAUAUUUCACUGAAACUAAAUAAGAUAAGAUUUUAGCUUCAACACUCACAAGGUUUAAGUUUUCGAAAGUGUAGUGAGAUCCACAUUCCAACAUACAUCGAUGAAUGGUGCAAUAUGCAUAUUUCGUAAUACUGUUUUACCUACGCCCAAAAUAAAUCGCAAUCUUUAAAGCCAAUAUAAA